AUGGGUCUGAGCACCUCGGAUCACCCGUCAAGGAGCUCUUCUCUUCCUCCUGGUUACUCUGCUUGGAACUUGACCUGGGUCAUGAGAGACACAUCCCCUUUCUUCUCCCAUAGAGGACGACACAUAUUUGACUGCAAUUUUGAAUCUCCUUGUGAGCUGGAAUAUUCCUUUACCUCAAAAGAUCAGGAAACCCCCAACAACGCCUGGGUCAGACUGAGUGCAGAGGAGAUCUCACAGCUAAACAUCCCAGAUGGGCCAGAGAGAGAUCACUCUGAGAGUACACCUAAAGGUUCAUUUCUUUUUCUCAACGCAUCAGAGAGGCCGAGCCCCAUCAUCCUGAGCCCUUGGCUGAGAAGCAGCAGUGAUCAAUGUGUAGUUCAAGUGGCUGUGUAUAAGUUUUACCAGCAGAGUGGAGAAUAUAUUGCUCGUGUCCAUCCCAUUGAUGAAAACAGCAGUGAAAUCUUAUCAGUGAAGAGUCCAGAGAAACAUGGAUGGGUGUUACUUCAAAGGAGAGUUGGACACCUAGAGAAGCCGUUUCGGAUCUCACUGGAGUAUAUUACUGCUGGGAACAAGAGCGUAGCAGCUGUGGAUUCCUUUGCGAUGAAGAACUGCAGUUCAGGAUCAUCUUCUCUCUCAAAAAUGGCUCUGGAGGGCUCCUUCAGCUGCUGGAAUGGAACAGAGAUCAGGCUGGGGCAGGUGUGUGACUUCAACAGGGACUGCGCCGAGGGAGAAGAUGAGGGAGAUACAUGCAGAAAGCUUCCCUCUGGCUUUUACUGUUCAUUUGAAGAAGGGGACUGUGGCUGGAUGCCAGGCUCCUCUGCAUCCCAUCCUUCUCCAUGGCGGAUUGGAAGCCCGGAACACAACCGUUUUCCUUCGACAGAAGGUUGUGCACUCCUCCUUAACACCAGCAAAGCACCAGCAGUAGCAAAGACUGUCAUGACCAGCACUGCAUUUCCAGCUCCUUUGAGGAACUCCCCCUGUGAGCUGCGAAUGUCAUGGCUCAUCCGUGGUGUCUUGCUGGGAAAUAUAUCCCUGGUGCUGGUCGAGAACAAGACAGGAAAGGAGCAGAGCUGGACGUUCUGGCAUUCCGAUAACAGCGAAGGUUUGGGAAUAUGGCAGCAGACGAUCUUACCUCUCCCAGAUAUACCAGAUAGGUUUUGGUUUCAGAUCAUCGCUUCAUGGGAAGAAGGAUCAGAUGCCAUUAUUGCUUUUGACAAUGUCUCCCUUAGUCUGGGCUGCUAUUUAACAAUCAGUGGAGAGAAGACACUUCGAGGUAUCACUCCAGACUCAAGCAAUUUGCUCACCAGUAGAGGUGGCCAGAAGAAAUUUGGAUGGGAACAAAAGCUUCUGGGAAAUCUCCAACUCAGCAGUGCCCCCACUUCUGGUCCAGCAGAACACUGGUUAUUUACAACAUGUGGUGCCAGUGGUCCCUAUGGCCCCACACAAAGCCAAUGCAAUGAUGCCUACAGGAACUCCAAGCUCAGCGUGACUGUAGGAGCUGAAGGGAUUCUCCAAGGCAUUCAGAUCUGGAGAGUACCAGCUACCAACACAUACAGCAUCUCAGGCUAUGGAGCUGCUGGUGGGAAAGGAGGGAAGAACACCAUGAUGCGGUCCCACGGUGUGUCUGUGUUGGGAAUUUUUGACCUCCAGAAGGAUGAUACUUUGUAUAUCUUGGUGGGACAGCAAGGAGAAGAUGCAUGUCCUAGUACUAAUGAUGUUAUACAGAAAGUCUGCAUUGGAGAGAACAAUGUGAUUGAAGAAGAGAUACGUGUGAACAGAAGUGUCAAUGAAUGGGCAGGAGGAGGUGGAGGCGGGGGUGGUGCAACUUACAUAUUUAAGAUGGAGAAUGGAGAACCAGUCCCCUUGAUAAUUGCAGCAGGAGGUGGUGGCAGGGCCUACAGGGCCAAAAAGGACACAUUUCAUCCAGAAAGGCUGGAGAAUGACUCCUCUAUUCCAGGGUUGAAUGGAAAUUCAGGAGCUGCAGGUGGUGGAGGUGGCUGGAAUGAUAACACUUCCUUCCUGUGGUCAGGAAAAUCCUUGCUGGAAGGUGCUACUGGAGGAAGAUCCUGCCCCCAGGCCAUGAAGAAGUGGGGGUGGGAGACAAGAGGGGGUUUCGGAGGGGGUGGAGGGGGGUGCUCCUCAGGUGGAGGAGGCGGAGGAUAUAUAGGUGGCAAUGCUGCAGUGGACAAUGACCCAGAGAUGGAUGGGGAGGAUGGUGUGUCCUUUAUUAAUCCAAUUGGUACUUUAUAUACUCCAGCACUUAAAGUGACAGAGGGGCAUGGAGAGGUGGAUAUUAGGCUGCAUCUUAACUGCAGUCACUGUGAGAUGGACGAGUGCCAUGUUGAUCAUGAGAGUCAAAAAGUCAUUUGCUUUUGUGAGCCAGGCACAGAGUUGGCUGAGGAUGGUGUGUCUUGCAUAGCUGAGCCAGUGGUUCAUCUCCCUCUCUCCUUGGUCUUGUCUGUACUGACUUCAGCAUUGGUGGCUGUUUUAAUGUUGGCUUUUUCAGGAAUCAUGAUAGUAUACCGUCGGAAGCACCAGGAGCUACAAGCCAUGCAGAUGGAGUUACAGAGCCCAGAAUAUAAGCUGAGCAAGCUGCGCACCUCCACUAUAAUGACAGACUACAACCCCAACUACUGCUUUGCAGGAAAGACCACAUCCAUUAGUGACCUUAAAGAGGUGCCUCGAAAAAACAUCUCCCUCAUCCGGGGUUUGGGCCACGGAGCCUUUGGUGAGGUAUAUGAAGGUCAGGUGACAGGGAUCCCCAGCGACCCCACUCCCUUGCAGGUGGCUGUGAAAACAUUGCCAGAAGUGUGUUCAGAGCAAGAUGAGCUCGACUUUCUCAUGGAAGCUCUCAUUAUUAGCAAGUUCAACCACCAGAACAUCGUGCGCUGUAUUGGGGUGAGCCUGCAGGCGCUGCCCCGUUUCAUCCUGCUGGAGCUCAUGGCUGGAGGGGACCUGAAAUCAUUCCUGAGAGAGACACGGCCCAGACCGAAUCAGCCCUCCUCCCUUUCCAUGCUGGACUUGCUCCACGUGGCCCGUGACAUUGCUUGUGGGUGUCAAUACCUGGAGGAGAACCACUUCAUUCACAGGGAUAUUGCUGCCAGGAACUGCCUCCUUACCUGUCGAGGGCCUGGGAGAGUGGCUAAGAUUGGAGACUUUGGAAUGGCCCGGGAUAUAUACAGAGCCAGCUACUACCGGAAGGGUGGGUGUGCAAUGUUGCCUGUCAAAUGGAUGCCUCCUGAGGCUUUCAUGGAAGGGAUAUUUACAUCAAAAACAGAUACAUGGUCUUUUGGUGUAUUGCUGUGGGAGAUAUUCUCUUUGGGAUACAUGCCCUACCCUAGCAAAAGUAACCAGGAGGUUCUGGAGUUUGUCACCAAUGGAGGAAGAAUGGAUCCACCUAAAAACUGCCCUGGCCCUGUUUACCGCAUUAUGACCCAGUGUUGGCAGCACCAGCCUGAAGACCGGCCAAAUUUUGCCAUAAUCCUGGAGAGGAUUGAGUACUGCACUCAGGAUCCAGAUGUCAUCAACACCGCCCUGCCAGUAGAAUAUGGCCCAUCAGCUGAGGAGGAGGAGAAGGUGCGCCCUGACGAUCCAGAAGGAAUUUCUCCUCUGUUGGUCUCCACACACCAAGACAGAAAGGAUGAUAAGCAAACCCUGCCAUCUCCACCACCCCUGCCAUCAGCCAUCACUGCUGGAAAAUCUCUAGGGAAAGCGCGAGCCUUGGAACAGCCAGUGCCGGGGAAGGUGCCAUCAGCCUCAGCGGGGGGACAUAUCAACAUGGCCUAUGCCCAGUCCAAUCCCCCUUCUGAGCUGCACAAAAGCCGGGGCUCCAGAAACAAGCCCACCAACCUCUGGAAUCCAACCUAUGGUUCCUGGUUUGCGGAGAAGCAGGCCAGCAAAAACAGUUCUGUGCUGGAGAAGGAGAGGCACGAGAGGGAGAAUUUGGGACAGGAAGGAAACUGUACUGUGGGGCCCAACAUUAUGACUGGCAGGCUGCCAGGCUCCUCCUUGCUAUUAGAGCCAUCUUCCCUAACUGCAAGUGUUAAAGAAGUGCCUCUCUUUAGGCUUCGCCACUUCCCCUGUGGGAAUGUCAACUAUGGAUACCAACAGCAGGGCUUACCCUUGGAAGCCUCCACGCCACCUUGCGCUAGCACUUACGAGGACCCCGUCCUUAGAAACAAGAGCCACAUAACCCAGCAGGGGCCCUGAGAGCCCUCAACCCUCUUGACUUUUCCCCCUGUGGCCCCUGAGCCUUGAAGAGAUGUCCUGUUACCCAACACACCACGAGCAAGGGAUCUGACAGCAUCACCUUCUAUUUUGUGCAAACCUGCUCCGAAAGUGCCACCCUUGCCAUUGUAAUUUCAACCAACCCGAGAGGCUUCAAUCCACCGGAGCCCCAGUAGAGUGAAAGAACCAAGGGGGAGGGAGGAUGCAGAUGUUAUCUGCAAGGCCCAGCUGCUGUUGCAUCAACUCAUUCGCAUGGUUGUCGUCAUGCCCUUCCCGUGAGCUUUUCUCAGUUGUGCGUUCUCUGCUUGCGUGUCAAAGCCGCGGCUCACUGCCAUGAGUGUUCCAUGUCCAAGGUUUUCCAUGCCAAACCUGUCGUUGCUGUGGAAGACCUAGAGAUCUCCUGCAGCUGGCAGAUGUUGUAGUGGGUUUGGGAAGAGCAUCCUCUAUCCAAACCGAAAAAGGAUACAAGAUGCACUGAAUGGUGACGCGAUGGCACAUGUCUCAAGUUGUGUUCCAGCUACAGUCCAGUCUUCGAAAGUCCUUGAAUGCACAGCGGUUAUGGGGGUGCUGACAGGGCAGUAGAAAGACACUGGUCACACUGCAUCCCUUGAAAGAGAGAGGAGAGGAAGCAGAGCGUGGGUGCAGAUGCUGUGAGGCAUUUGGGGGUUGGGAGAGGCAUUGUUUGCCUGGGGAUUUUUGUCUUGUUUUUGUUUUCCUAUGCUUAAGCACUAAAACUGAGUAAAGCCCUUUAAAAUUCCUUCUGUCCUACAAAAGUAGGAAUGCCCUUAUCAGGAACUUGUGCGUGUCAAGCGGAACCAAGGUGAAGCUUUAAAGGACCAUGGUCAUGACAGAGACUUUCACCAUGCCCUGGAAAUGGACAGCCACCUGCAUACCUCAGAGGUUUACUAUAGCCUUUGACAUACCCUGUACGAAUAACACCAGAAAGGCAGAAGACUACAUCGUGCCACAGUCCAGACGCCAGAUACUGUCUGUAUUUGAAGGGUUUAGAGCCCUUGUCCCUUUAACAAAAUACAUGUAUGAUAGUGGUUUAAGGACAAACACUCCAUUGACUCACUUUGUACACCUUGUGCAUGAAAAAUAUUCCAGUUAAGUGUAUUGUCAAAACAUAGAUGUAGGAAAUAAUUCAUGUGUAAAGAUGUGCAUUAGUAACUUCAGCUUAGGGUUGCAAGGAGCUGUUUUAGCAUGAAUGCUAUCCAAAAAAGGGGUGCUUAUUUCCAUAGAAAUGGAUGUACUGGAGCAUCAGCAAAGGAGUGUGAAGGUGUUCUUCAGUCCAAGACUCUUCGUUUCAGUGAAGUGAAUCUGAAUCUGGCCCUGGAUCCAAAUGCUGAGUGGAAAAGUGGGAAGCAGGAUGACCUACAAGAUGUAAAGCAUGACUGGGAAAAACCCUGUACUACCACUCUUAUACUUGGAAAAUGGCUUCUUUCAGGAUAUUGCCUGUUUCCUAUAGGUUUCUGCAAGCUGCUGGAGGUAAACUAGGUUGGGAUGCCUGUUUCUUUCCAGCUGUCCCGUCAUCUUCCCUUUUUGCUACUGAACCUUGUUUCUCCAUCAUGUGCCUGGAAAUGAAGCAAGGGAAGAAGUUUGGUUGGUUCUGCUUCCCCGAGGCACAGCAAAGGAGUGGUGGUGGGAGAGGGGCUUUGCUGUAGCGAGGGGAGGUGCAGGUACCACAGGUUGGAAGCACAAGGGCUGUGUUAAUUUGGCCAAGUCAGCCUUGGACAGCGGUGUCAAACUGCUUUGGCUUCCCCCUGCAGAGGCUCCAAG